AUGUGUCCAGCACCAGAAGCUGCGUUGGUUGGGGCAUGUUUUACGCAUGCCGAACCAUCGUUUGCCGAAGAGAGUACUGUUUUCCAUGCCCAAUUCGGAGUGGGCGCGGGGCAGUAUGCUUGCCAGCGCGAGGAUUCGCGAAGUGGCAAGCCCCAAGAGAUACAUUUACGAUUUGACGCAAGAAUCCAAGCCGCAUAA